GUCGAGCUCGUGCAGACGCCGCGCGAGGACGCCGCCAGCAGCAGCACGGCCCCCGCGGCGGCCGCCGGCGCGCCCGGCGAGGCGCCGCCCGCCGCCGCCCUCCUGCAGGAGGCCGCGGCGGCCGCGCCGUCGCCCGAGGACCGGGGGCACCGCGUGUCGCUGGCGUCGCCGGGGCGGCACCACAGGAGAGCGCGCCGUCGCUGGCUGGGCCGCGCCCGCAGGAAGCCCCAGCGCCCCCGAAGCGGCAGAUCGCCUGGGACCUGGCCGAGGGUGGCGACGGCGGCCCGCGCCGCGAGGUGCCCGGCGAUCUCGGCGGCUCCGCCGAGGCGGGGUGGGAGCUCGUGGCCGAGGCCGAGAUGCCGUGGGAGCCGAGGCGGCUGGAGCGUGUGGUGGACUGGAACACCGCUGGUCCCGUGGGCGCCCAGCACCAGGCCGACCAGGGCGCCGGCGGAGCAUCCCGCGGCGUUGGCGACUGGGGCACAGAAAUCUUUAAGAAGGAGAUCGGGGGCUGACCCUCGGCUCGAGAGCCUGCGCGGAGCAGGAGGAGGUGGACCACUUCGCGUGGAUAAACCUGGACCUGCAGCACGAGUGCGCGGGCCCCUACCUCGCGCGCGCGUUCGUGCGGUGCUGCCAGCUCUACCGCAGGCACCAGCAGGUGAACCUGCGCCCUGCGCGACGAGCGGGCCUAGGUUGACGCACGGCGUCAGUGAAAUUUGCCCCCGCGCUGCGAGAUCGGCCGCUCCUCGCGGUGAGCCGCCUCCUGGGGCUUGGGGGAGGAGGGCGGACCCUGAAUGAGGAGGAGCAGGAUCUGGCCGGCCUCACGCGUCCGCGCACGCCCGCUCGAGCGCCGAUGGCCCGCCCUGCGCGGCGCGCGAGGUGGAGGCCCCGUGCUGUGCUGUCUCGGCGCGCAUCGGGCGGCAUGCGCGCAGAAUUCGCGGUCCAUUGCCGCCGCUGGCAGCAUUCGGAGGAGGAACAGUCGGA